AUGGCCCCCACCCCAACCUCUUUGCUCUCCACCCACCAGUCCCCCUCCUCCGACCUCCACAUCAACCUGCACCCUCUCAUACUCCUCACAAUCUCCGACUACAUAACCCGCCACACGCUCCGCCGCCAGGAAACCCCCAUAGUAGGUGCCCUCAUCGGCCAACAGUCCGGCCGCUCAGUCAGCCUCGAGCACGCUUUCGAAUGCCAGACCGUGCAAUACAACGGACAGAUACUGCUGCACGAGACGUGGUUCAAAGACCGAUUGCAGCAGUACAAAGAUGUGCAUCUGGCUCCAGCUCUGGAGCUGGUGGGAUGGUUCACCACGAUCCCGGUGACGGGGCCCGAGGGCGCGCAUGUGCCCAUCCACCAGCAGAUCUUACACACCUACAACGAAACCGCCGUCCUCCUCGCCUUCCACCCGGCCAGCGUGCUCGAAGAAGGGGCAGCGGUGGGCGGCAAGCUCCCGCUCACGAUCUACGAGAGCGUCUACGAGAACAACGAAGGCCAAGGCAUGGAGGUCGACGGCGCCGAAGCACCGCUGGAGCUGAGGUUCCGCGAACUGCCCUACAGCGUCGAGACCGGGGAAGCGGAGAUGAUCAGUGUGGACUUCGUGGCCAGGGGCGGAGGGAACGCCACGGCCAUCGACAGCGCAGCGAAGGAUACGAAAGGGCAGGCGUCGCAGAAGGCGGUUGGGCAGGUGGACAGGAAGGGGAAAGCGGUGGACAGGGAGAGUAAGGCCGUGGAUGAUUCGAGCAUGUUGAGUUCGGAGGAUGAAGAGCGUAUGCGACCGCCAUUCCACCCUUCACUUCCCGCAAUGCCGUUGCUAAUAAUAGAGGCAGUCAUCGCAUCCCUCACCGCCCGCGCGAACGCAGUAAAGAUGCUCCACGCCCGCAUCCAACUUCUCAAAGCCUACCUCACAUCCCUGCCACCAUCCUACCUCACAACCACCACCACCACCACAGAUCCCCCCUCAGACCCCACCACACCCCCAACCGACGCCCCAAUCUCCGAAAUCAACCACCCGCUGCUCCGCUCGAUCCUCGCCCUGCUCUCGCGACUCCCCCUCCUGUUACCACCAGAACACCACUCCACGUUCCGGCAGGAAACGCUCGCCGAGAAAUCGGACGUGGAGCUGGUGUCGUUACUCGGGAGCCUAGGCAGGAGUGUGAAGGAAGCGCGGGAAAUGGGGCGGAAGUUCGGGAUGGUGGAGGGAGCGAGCAGGGGGAAGGGGAAGAGCGGGUAUAUGAGCAUGGCCGGCGGGGCCAUGGAUGAUGUGUGGAGUCAGGGAGUGAAUGGUGAUGGCGGGUCGGGAGGUGGAUCCAAUGGGGAAGGCUUGAGUAUGGAUGGCGGGUAUGCAAUAUGA